GCGGCGGCAGCGGCAGCGGCAGGAUGAGCACGCGAGGGGAAGGAGCCGGCCAGCCUUCCACUUCCACUGCUGCCCAGGAGCAACCUGCAGCCGCAGCGCCGCAGAAGAGAGGACGGGGCAGACCCAGGAAGCAGCCACAAGAACCAACUGGAGAACCAUCUCCUAAAAGACCAAGAGGAAGGCCAAGAGGAAGCAAAAACAAGAGUCCCUCUAAAGCAGCUCAGAAGAAAGCAGAAGCCACUGGAGAAAAACGACCCAGAGGCCGGCCCAGAAAAUGGCCGCAACAAGUGGUUCAGAAGAAGCCUGCUCAGGAAGAGACUGAAGAAACUGAAGAGACGUCCUCACAAGAAUCUGCAGAGGAAGACUAGGAGACCACACCAUUCGAUUUCUACCUCAUCAGCAGUUGGGUCUUUUGAAGGGAGAAGACGCUGCCUUGACCACUUAUUUUCUAUGCCAUGGUCUUUCCACUUAUGCCUGGGGGGAAAAAAAUCACAUAACCUUAAAAAAGACUAUAUUAAUCACCUUCUUUGUAAUCCCUUCACAGUCCCAGGUUUAGUGAAAAACUGCUGUAACACAAAGGGGACACAGAUUACCAAUGCAACUUUUAAUUACUGUUUUCUUUUUUCUUAACCUACUAAUAGUUUGUUUGAGCUGCUAAGUAAGGGUGACUGGGUCAGGAAAGCUUUGAAUCAGAUUUAAGUCAUUCACUGCACUGCAUAUAAACAAGAGACUUGUAACAUAAUUAUAACGGGCAUUGAAAUAGGAAAGGCUUGGUGUGUAACAUCAUUGGCCUUACAACACCUCCAAGAACCCACUCCCUAGCUUAGUAAACUCCCUGUUUAGAACACCAAAGAUAAGGGAUAGAUACUACUCUUUUUUUUUUGUAACCUUGUAGAUUUGUACUUGAUUUUUUAAAAAACUUACUGUUAUUUCAGGAAGAAUUGAGAGCUGAUUUUUCACUUAAUUCAGCCGAUAAUCGAAAGAAAGGAAAAAUAGGUACUUUCAUUUUUCAAAAGGGACGACAAAGAUACGUUGUAUACUUACAGAUACAAACAUAUCAGCAGAAGUAGUAAUAAAUUAAACUCACAGCACUCAUCUUCAGAAAACUAGAAAUUCAGGUAGACUCAGCUUUCCGCAGAGCUAGACGUUUUUUACAAAACUAGAGGUGACUAACACCAAAACACUCUCAAGCCAUAUAAAGACAUAGAUUUAUCAAUUACAGUGGUUUCGGAGGAAAAAAUCAUGAAAAGGUAUCCCAGAACGAAUCAGGAACUUAUCUGAACCAAGAAAAAAAUGUUUUGUUUGACCUCACCUAAUUUUACCCAUCAUGUAUCAAUAUUUCAAAGGGAAUGAAUCUCUUCUCAUUACUCACCAGUUUUGAUGUAAGAAUCAACAUCAUGUACCUCAAGUGAGCUUGUGUAUUACUUUAAGCAAUAUACUUUGACAUAGGAUGGUUCGCUGGGCAGUUUUACUCCAGUGACAUUUCUCCAUCUUUUUCACUCAAAACAGCACUUUUAGCAACAGAUGCAAUAUUACCCCACUAUUCAACACUACCUCUGAUUUUUACAAUUAACUCAACAGCCUGAUAAAUACAUGCUGCUAUACACAUACAAUGCAGGAAAUUAUUAUUGGGUAGAUAAUCAUGAAUAUCUCUAUUUUCUCCUUAUUUUUUCUUCAACACUUAAUGACGCAAUAUUUUUAAUGUGUUUCAGCAUGACUAUGUAUUUUUCUUUUUUUUUAAUGUACUUAUUCCUAUUCUCUGCUAGAUUUCUGUGUAAUGUACUGUUAACUUGAAUAUAUUUUUGUACUGAAUACUCAUAGGUUUGUAAGGAUAAUUUUCAAUGACACUACAUGACAUAGAAAAAAAUUAGUUGUAAUGUUUAAAUAUUACUGUCCAAGUUUGUACCUCAAAUGAAUUGUUUAAAGAAAUGGACUAAUCGAUUGACAAAGACCUACCUCCAGACUUUAAAUGGAAUGAACUUGUUACUUUCAGCAUUAGUUUGAGAUGUUUGAAACAGUUAGGACUGCAACUAAUCUCUAAUUCAAAACUAUUUUUUGUAAAAGAACUUUGCUGGAAAUGAACACAUUUUAAAUUACAUUCCUAUUAAAAACAAAAAACAAAAAAAACCUUCAAAGAAACUUGAAGCUUUGUAGGUGGGAAGCAACAAGCUCAGCUUUUGCAUAAUGCAAUCACAAAUAUGUGUUGUUGUUUUUUUUUAAAAUUAGUAGAUUGUAAGGAAAUACUUGACAAGUAUUUUCAUGUAUUUUACACAAAUGUGAUUUUUGUAAUGUUUCAAACCUGAUUUAUUUUAAAUGCUUCUUAUGUAGAGUUUUUUAUUCCUCUCUCUCUCUCCCCCUCUCUCUCUCGCUCUCUCUCCUAGUCAGUACAUCUGCUUUGUGACAUUGUAUUAUUAACUGGGCCGGGGGUAGUUUCUCAGGAAGGCUUCUAUCGGUAUGGCUUUAGUACUGAGUCAAAUGCACCUAAAGAUAACUACUUACUGGCUUCUUCAAAGACAUGAUAUCAAGAAACAAGGAUCUCCUCAAAAGACUGCAGAGGGCUCAUUCUUGGGGAUUGCCAAGAAAGAGCUGAUCGGAGUAUUAAAACUAGACAUGUUAAUAUUAACUAAAUGAGGGCUAAUCAUAUCCAUUCUGUAGCUCAUUAAAGACUGCAUCCAUUGCCCACUGAAGUCAAUGGAAGGACUCCAGUUGACUUCGAAGGACGCUGGAUCAGGUCCUAACAAUUUCAUGUUCAGCAAAUGCAUUUUGGUUUUUUUUCAAAACACAGUGUUCAACAGAUGAAACAGAAGUAGUUGAUGCAUGUGGAUCAAGCUCCGAGGGACUUACAGCUCUGAUGAAGUGCAUCUUAUAUUGUCUAUAUAUUGUAGUACAAUCAAAACACAUUACUACCUCUUAGGGCCUACUAUACCUCAUUUUUCAGACUGAAAACUGCUCGUGGCCAUUGAAACAGUGAGAACAUCAUAAAAUUUUUUAUAUAUAUAGUUUAUUUUUAUGGGAGAUAAAUUUUAUAGGACUGUUCUUUGCUGUCAUUGGUCACUAGUAAAUAAAACUGGACAUUAAACUUAUCUACCAUUUCUGCAAGAUAGGUAUGUUUGCAGGAAACAAGUUCCAAGAUGUUUAACUGCAGGUUACUGUUUUCCUGUUCCUUUUUUGCUUUGUUCUUCAUGUAGAGUUGCUGUCUAUGAUUGUACUUUGAAUCGCUUGCUUGUUGAAAAUGGUCCUUUAAUGGAUUAUCACAGUCUGUUCGGCACAAUAAACAUAAUAGCCUCUGUGAUCCCCAAGUUGUUUGAUUCUUAGACUUUUGUCACAGCACCAUGAAAUGGGUAAUAAAGUUUGGUCACAGUGGGCCAAAUUUGUAAAA